AUGUCAGACAUGGAAGAACACCGCCGCAGGUUUGGGCAUAUGUCUACUAGCACCGAUCGCCCCAACAGCAACAACCAAUACCCUAGAGCGCCUGCCGAUACCUACACCGUUCAAGAAUCCACAAGUAGGGGUCCUCAGCCUUCGCCCGACGAAACGAUGUAUCUUUACCUCCCGUAUCCGUCUAGCAGCUUUCCCGGCUUGGACACAGACAGGGAAACACGACCAUGGCAGCGUGCAACCACCGAGGGCGUUGACGAUAUCCUGUACCCGCACCAAACUCACGCGUCUUCGGACAGCGGCCCUAUGUCCACGGCCCCAAUAUCCCGAAAUGAAGUUUCCAGCGUUAGGUUACCAGAUCAUAUCAAUCCUACGAACACGACACCGACCGCUCAUGGUGGAUCAAAAUCUGGUUGGCCAAUAAUUGCGGAAACGUUGACGUAUAGUCCCGGUAACUGGCAGAGCCAACUGGAUGAGCUUGGACAGGAGCAGGACCCAUCGUGGGCAGCUAACGACGGGCAACGAACAAGAUCAAUCGAUUCCAACAACUCCUUAUAUUCGCGGGGGUGGUCUACUGUGAGCAACGUCGGAUCUGCCGUGGACCCCGUUGGGAAUGCCACCCAGUAUGAUAAGACGAGCCGAUUUCAACAGGAGCGUGUUAAUGAUGGAGAGAAUGGGUGGGCCAACAAUGGAACUAAUGAUGCUAUCAAUGACUAUCUACAGGACCACCAUGGGCCAUGGACCGCCGGAUGGCUCGAUGAGAGGCAUCGUUGGGUCAGCAACGCGUUGUUUGGAAAUGGCGCUUGGUCAAUAAAUAACGAAGAGGAGAAAGAGUACCCUAUCUUGCCCUCUCGGGAGUAG